GCGCCCAGCUUCGGCCACGCCCAUUUAUUAUUACGCGGAAGUGAUUUCCCGCGGCGAAUGCUGGGAGGAGUCUGCCGGAAGUGGGGCAGAGAGUGAGCAGCAGCGGAGGAGUAAAAUAUGGCGGACAUGCAGAAUUUAGUUGUUCGCCUUGAAAAGGCAGUGGGGAAGCUGGAGCUUCUUGCAGGAGGUGCAGGCUGUGGCGGCUCAAGCCCUGCAGAGGUGGCACAAUUUGUUCAGGCCUAUGACUCGCUCCUCAAUGCAUCUGUUGGAGACUUUUUGAAACUCAGCAAGGAGAUUGGCGGCGAUGUUCAGAAGCAAGCAGAGCUUGUAAAUGCUGCCGUUAAUUUGCAGCGUGAAGUUUUGGUAAAGGCGUCACAAUUUCAGCAGCCAGAUGAGAAGGAUCUUGCUACUCUACUCGCUCCACUCUCCAGUCAGAUUCAGGCUGUUCAGGACUUUAAAGAGAAGAAUCGAGGUAGCAAACAAUUUAAUCAUCUCUCUGCUAUCAGUGAAAGUGUGUCUGCCCUUGGAUGGGUAGCCGUGGCUCCCAAACCUGGACCAUUUGUGAAGGAAAUGACUGAUGCAGCUAUGUUUUACACCAACAGAGUGUUGAAGGAAUACAAGGAUGUAGAUAAGAAACAUGUAGACUGGGUUCGUGCCUACUUAAACAUUUGGACUCAGUUACAGGCUUAUAUUAAGGAGCAUCAUACAACAGGCCUAAGUUGGCGAAAAACGGGACCAAAGGCUGGUGGUGCUUCACUUGCACCAAGUGUUCCCGCUCCCCCUAGAGCUGGGCCACCACCUCCCCCUGGCGGACCACCUCCUCCCCCACCACCUCCAGCCCCUUCAUCUGCUCCAAGUGAUGACUCCAUUAGUCGAUCCCAACUGUUUGCACAACUCAAUCAGGGAGCGGAUAUCACUAAAGGCCUGAAGCAUGUACCUGAUGAUAUGAAAACUCAUAAAAAUCCUACACUGAAAGCUCCGUCUGGUCCAGUCAGAAGUGGACCUAAACCAUUCACAAGCCCGAAACCAUCACAUGUUGCAUCCCCUGCAGCUAAACCGACUCCUAAGAAAGAGCCUGCCUUGUUGGAGCUAGAAGGCAAGAAAUGGAGAGUGGAAUAUCAGGAGAAUGCCUCCAACCUGGUAAUCGAUGACACUGAACUGAAACAAGUGGUUUACAUCUACAAGUGUGUAAACAGCACCCUGCAAAUAAAGGGCAAGAUCAAUUCCAUCACUGUAGAUAACUGCAAGAAGCUUGGCUUGGUGUUUGAAGAUGCUGUGGGAAUUGUCGACGUAAUCAACUCACGUGAUGUUAAAGUGCAGGUUCUGGGUAAAGUGCCAACAAUCUCGAUCAACAAGACGGAUGGUUGCCAUGUGUACCUAAGCAAGGCUAGCCUUCAUUGUGAGAUCAUCAGCGCCAAAUCUUCAGAGAUGAAUAUUUUGGUCCCAGGGAGCGGAGGAGAAUAUAGUGAAUUUCCAGUGCCAGAACAAUUUAAGACUGUCUGGAAUGGACAGAAGUUGGUUACCACAGUCACUGAAAUUGCAGGAUAGUCGGUCAUUUGCUUGCUGUGACAUGGGCUGGACACCAUGUCCUCCUCAGCCCUCUGUGUUCUCUCUGCUGCUUCUCUUGAGGAUAACUCUAGCUGUAGGGUAGAGACCUGAUCCUUGCAGCCUUACGCUGAUUAAUGUCCUACUGUAACACAUCUAAUUAGUGCCAGAAGUCCACUGAGAGCUGCUUAUGCUAAUCUGCUGUCCCACCCCUCCCAUGCCAAUACAAAGGGUGGGGUUCUGACUGUCUGCUAAACCAUUCUAGGUAGUGGCUGGAUGACCAGUAAACUGUUAAUUGGACCAAAGGUUAUGUGCACUUUCUUAAUGGAUUUUUGUUAACCCCCUUUCAGCACCCAGGGACCAUUACAGUUCCCUCCCACUGAAUAUUGGCUAUUCCUUUUCAGAAUGUCCAGGGUUUACUUUUUUAUACCUAAAUAUCUUCAGAAAUAUGCAAUGAUUUUCCUUCUCUAAAGUACUUUUCCUGGCCUAUCACUUAUGUACUGAUCCACAAACUAAUAUGCCAAUGUGUACUGAAUAUUUUCAAUGUGUUGGCAGGUUCUGUUCCGUCAAUAAUAAGGGAAAAGGAGCAGUCCCUGCACAGACCGUGUAAUAUACACAUUUACAAAUCAAGCAUUUUAUUAAAGAUACAAAGUAAAAUGUA